AUGGAUGAUAAUAUCAAGAUUCCAUUAGAAGUAUCGCAGGACCCAAGACCUUGUGAGUUCAUUUCUGAAUUAAUAGAAGAAGAUCUUGACUGCGAUAUAGAUGAGAAUAUCAAUAAAUACAGUGCCAUGCAAGAUUAAAAAGUUAAGAAGAAUCCACUUUUAAAAUCUAAAGGGAGUCACGUGGAUGAGUAUAAUUUAGAAAGACUUCUAUCAUUUAGUGAACCUUAAUCAUUCUUCUCAUUCAAAGUGCAAAAUAAAUAACUUUAUCAGACAAUUAACUACAAAUAAAAUCUUUUAGCUGACCAUAGCACCUUUUUGAGCCUUCUAAAUUAAUAAAAACUUAAUGCAAGUUAAAAAUUCUCUUUAACCCUCGUGGAUGAAAGUAAAAACAGCACACCCAAGGAGGAGGAUGAUGGUAGAAGUAGCUUUUUAGUUCCUGAAUAAAGGGAUAUUGAAGUUAAAAGCAAUUAAGGAUCGAGAGACUAAAGUUCUUACAAUUCUAGUCGGAAGAGGGAUAGAAACAGCAACAAAGAUUCGUUUAAUAAUACAGGGAAAUCAAUUGCAAUCGAAGAAGUUGAUGAGGAAGAGGAUAAAAAUGAUAAUUAUGAUCCUCAUUUAUUGGUGCUUCCACCUGACAAUAUCAUAAUUUAAAAUGAUGGGGACUCUGAUGAUAUCAGUCCACUUAGUAAAAUUCCAGAAAGUUGUCGACAGCUAGAACCUGAAGAUUAAUUUCUUAAUCCAUUUCAGAAAAAUAUUUCAGGAUUAGAGAGAUAGACUUCAUCUAUAAAAUUAUAUUUAAGACAAGAUACACCAGGCUUUCUUCACAGUAAAAAUGGAGGAUUUAUGUCUAAGAAAUAUACCCUUGGAAUAGACUUUGCUAGCGUUUAAGAAUCUCAUUCCGGUUUGAGGAAUCGGGGAAGCAGUUUUAAUAUUCAGGGAUAGGAAAAAACAAGUAUCGCAGAGCAGAAGGGUCAGUAGGAAACUCUAAAAGUUUUCCUCAAGAAAGAAGAUUUUUUCGCUCAGAAGUAGCUACUUUAUACAAUUCUUCCUGAAAAUGAUAGAUAAGAUGAAAAUGAGGCAACCUAUCCAAAAACAUCAUAAAAUUCUGGUGAAAUACAUGCAGCACCCUAUGGUAAAAGCAUUGAAGGAUUUAUAGGUAUAUUCUAUAUAUUCUGUGCAGAGGAUAUGUUUGUUACUGAUGACUAUAUAAUUAAGGACAUUAGUAAAAUUAUGUAAAGCAGAUCGUAAGAAGAAGUUAUCGUAAUAGAGACCGAUUCAUUAAGGGUCGACGAUGCCUUUCUGUCUAGCAUUAUAAUUUAGCAGUAUGAUGGAUCUCUUAAUUACAGUUAGUUAGCAAUGCUGAGAUCUACUAUUAAGUCCAUCACGGAGUAACCGGAUAUUUAAUGA